AUGGCCGCCAGAGGAGGAAAGGUUCAAAAGGUUAUGGUUCAACCGAUUAAUCUGAUAUUUCGGUACCUGCAGAAUCGAUCUCGCAUUCAGAUUUGGCUUUACGAGGACAUCACUCACAGAAUCGAAGGAUACAUCAUCGGUUUUGAUGAAUAUAUGAACGUUGUAUUGGAUGAAGCCGAAGAAGUGAAUCUAAAGACGAAGAAUCGAAAUAAAGUUGGUCGGAUAUUACUGAAGGGCGAUAAUAUAACGCUGAUUCAGAGUGUUAAUUGA